UGUGAAACAAACAGGAAGUUUCAGAGAGGGUGUCCUCAUAAUUGGGAGGCAACAUAGAGUGACUGGAAUUUGCCCCUUUCUGGUUAGAUGUCCCAACAGGCAGGCCAGAGCAUCUUACUAACAGGAUCAUGGAAAAGACGUUGAUCUUUCUUCUGAUAAUACCUGGGAUAUUCUCUUCAGCUGAAUUAACUUCAGGAGAUGCACUUGACACAGAAAUUUCAAGAACAACAACUGUUUGUACAACAUGUAAUACAGAAAUUCCAAGCUCUGGUGUAGCAGAUUCUACUUCUGACAGCUGGUCAGAUAUUCAUCCAUGGGUAACCACAGAGUAUCCCACCACAGCAACCACCACCGAAGAGACAACCACCACUGAACCAUCAGAGCAUUUAGAGAAUGAACCAAAUAAAGAAACAUCAAGUGAAGUUGAUGACCAAGAUGACUCUAAGGACCAUGAUGACCAAUGUGAUGAAAAUGCCCAACCAGAAGAAGUAAAAAAGUUUGCAGAAGCCAUGAUGGAUUUCAGUAUUGACUUAUUAAAGCAUGCAGACCCAGAGUUAAAGAAGCCAAAUGUGGUCAUAUCUCCUUUCAGCGUUGCCCUGGGACUAUUACAACUUUCACUUGGAGCUGGUAAGGACACUGAGAAGAAGUUACUGGAAACACUCCAUGUGCAGUCUCUGAAAUGUCUUCACAACACGCUGAACAAUGUUAGAGAAGAGUUGAAGAAGACUAUGAAAAUGGCAAGUCGCAUAUACCUAAAGAAAGGCUUUAGGAUUAAGAAAUGUUUCCUGAAAAGGUCUGAAGAAUGGUAUGGAUCAAAAACCCUAAAUUUAGCCAGGAACAAGGACGAUAAUCUGGAAUCCAUAAAUAAAUGGGUCCGUGAAGUAACAGAAGGAAUGAUCCCAAAAUUUCUUUCAGACAUGCCUUCAGAUGUUGUGCUAAUGCUGCUUAAUGCCAUGCAUUUUAAAGGUGUUUGGAAGAAUAAAUUUGACCCCAACAUGACUGUCCAGGAUGUGUUUUAUGUCAGUGAUGAUCUUACUGUACCAGUGGAUAUGAUGACUGCCCAAAAAUAUCCACUCCGUUGGUUUCUACAUGAGAAUCUAGACAGUCAGGUGGCAAAGCUAUCUUUCAAAGGAAACAUGAGUUUCGUUGUUGUAAUGCCACUCCAUUAUCAGUGGAAUCUCUCCAAGAUUCUCGACAACUUUAAUCGGACGGAGCUCUAUAGCAGAUUUCCGAAGGAGAAGCAGACCUUCUUAAGAAUGCCUAAACUACAGCUCGACUUUAAACUGGAGCUCAACAAUGCCUUGAGUACCCUUGGCCUUGGAGAAUUGUUUCACCAUCCAGAUUUAAGUGGGAUCUCAGAUGAGUCCUUGUUUGUAUCCAGUGUUCAACACCAAUCCAGUCUGGAGGUGAAUGAAGAAGGUGCCGAAGCUGCAGCAGUGACAGCAGUUAUAACAUCGCGUUCGCUUGCCUCUUAUAGCAUCAACCGCCCUUUUCUUUUUUUCCUGUUUGAUGACGCAAGGGGUCUGCCUAUGUUUCUGGGUUAUGUCCGUAACCCUAGUCCUGGCUCAUAUUAUAAGAAAAAAGAGUUCCGUUUCCAGGACAAAAAUGGAAAGGGUUCCAUACCAAAGUAGGG